AUGAUUGGGAUUAACAUGAUGGGCUUUGUAAGGAGUGUGCUCUCCUUUCUAGGUUUCCUGGCUGCCAUUGACCACGUCUUGGCCCAAAAUGAUGUGAAAAAAAUCAACGCAAAUAAUGUGCCCAUGUUUGGUGCCCCUUAUUAUCAUCACAUACCCUGGAAGGAAUUUCCCGAGGACGAGGGUCUUAUUGCGGACUCCUUCCGGGAGCCCAUUGUCCUGCAGCCAGGUAUUAGCAUCGGUGGUCAAUCGGCAAAAGUAGGAGUUUCAUUGGUGUACCAGCUAACCGCGGGAACAGAUAGUAGUGCACUGUGUCAAAUCAUGGAUUCCAGCGGUGCGGUGGUGUGCUCGAGGACAUUCGACAUGGACUCGCAACAUGAAACAGUGACCAUUUGUGUUACCCCCACGGCGCCAUUUAGUAACUUGGUGGUGCUUUGCACGGUCAGCACCAACAACAUUGGAUGCUUUUCGGAGGACAUGACUGUGCAAGUGGAGCAAAGGGGCGCUGUGGCCAUGAAGGAUUUAUCCACGGGAGACAGAAUCAUGGUGGAACCUGCACGACAUGACCAACCACCAGUGUAUCAGUCUGUCUACGGCUUUGGCCAUUACCACCCUUCUGUUCCCAUGGAAUACCUACAAAUCUACACCUACGACAGUCCAAGGACAGCUCUGGAGUUGUCUGCAAGUCAUCUGAUCUAUGCCAAGGGGCACAGCGAACCUAUUCGUGCUGAUCAACUGCAAAACGGAGAUCUAUUACUUAGAUCGUCUCUUUCUGACCACCAUCGAAGCGACUACAACACUACGGUGCUGUACACCGAGAUUGUGAGAAUUGACCGGGCAAACCGAGACGGCGCCUACUUGCCAUUGACCAGUGCCGGGACGAUUGUUGUGAAUGGGAUAUACACCUCCGCAUACGUAUCGAUAUCGGAGGUGGCGCCAGAUAUCGUAGAACGCUUACCGUGGUUCUCGGCGUCAGAACAGGACUUGUUUCAUUGGUGGCUGGCGCCCUAUCGAAUGGCUUGUCUAUCCAACAACCAACUAUGCCGAGCGGUCACGGCAUUUGAUGAUGAGGGUGUACUUCAGUGGCUCAACUGGGGCAAAGACCUGGCCAAGUUUGGCAAUCGACAAACUCCUUGGGUCCAAGGAGUAGGUUUGUCAGUUACGUUUGCAUGGUUGUUGAUAUGGAUUGUGCUCGAACAAAUCUUCCUUUAUCGUUGGUUGCAAGCAAUCAUGCCGUGGUUGGUACUGGCAAGCUACUAUGCCUGGCAACGAUGCUGCUGUCAAAGUCCAAAGCAAACUGGAAAAUCACUGCGGCAGCAACCGCCAAAGCUAAAGAGCCAGUAA